AUGCUGCUCGCAGUGUUGCUCGCCUCAGCGGGGCUCCUCCUCUCGCCGAGGCCACUGGAGAUGCACGCGGUGGCGGCCGCGCCGCGCGCGCUCGCCCCUGCGAUGGCGCACCACGUCAACGACAAGGGCGCCAAGAAGCACAACUCGUGCCGGCCGCGCAAGUCGCGCCCCUCCGACCGCAACCGCACGCCGCCCAGCUACCCGCCGCUGCCCGAGCCAACCGGCCCUGUGCUGAUCGGCUCGUCCGAGGGCCGCAUCGAGACGGUGACCAUCUCGGCCAAGCUGACAGCGGCGGGCGCGGCGGCGCCGGAGAAGAUUGUGUUUCGGGGGGCGGAGGUGACGGCGACGUUGGCCGCCUGUGGCCUGGAGGAGGACGCCUCCAUCGAGGCCACCGUCUGCAAGGCCGCGUGAGCGGAGGAGCGUGCCGCGUCUUGCCUGUCGUCCUCCCGCUGGCCACCUCUUCCGGCCACCUCCCCGCCACCUCUGCUGGCGCUGUGCCCAGUGCCUUCGGCGCUGGCGCGCGCGAUGAUCACCCUGUCGUCUAUUUCGUGUACACAACUCUAACCCU